AUGGACAAGCCAGCAAUAGAAGAUCACACGGAUGUCAACGGACCAGUCCCAGAAGAACCUCCACGGACCGUGUAUGUAAAAGUGGUAUUUCUCAAACUCGGUGAAAUAGACACUGUGAAGGAACAGUUCGCAGCUGAUGUCUUCAUACAGGCAAGAUGGCGUGAACGAAGUCUGGACAGCAGCAAAGUAAGUUUGUUUUUGUCCUUGGACUUUGAAAACUAUUGGAAUCCAAACAUUAUGAUACAAAAUCGAAAUGACAGCGCCAAGCGAAGCAAGUGGAGUGAGCUGAGGUUUGGUAAAUCUGGAGAAGCAUUCAUAGUGGAAAAAAGGCGUAUAAAGGGAACAUUUACAGAGAAAAUGGAACUGGAAGAUUUUCCGUUUGAUUCCCAGGAUCUCAGUGUCGUUAUAACGUCAGACAAAUCUAUCAAGGAAGUGGUGUUUGAGGAGGACAAUCAGGACCUGUCAUCGAUAAAUGUGUCGAGUUUUGCAGACGAACAGGAAUGGUGGUUAAAUGACUAUGUGGACAGUAGGAUAAGUGUUAUUAAGAAGGAGUUUACCCAGAGUAAGAAUGUGGAGUUUCCGGUCCUGCGUGUCAGCUGUAUCGCUACACGUCAAUUCAUGUUCUUUGUGUGGAACAUCAUCAUCAUUAUGUUUAUCAUCAGUAUGCUGUCGUUUGGUACGUUCUCGGUGAACCGGACCCUGCCACAGAACAGAUUACAGCUAGCCUUCACUCUCACACUCACCGGGGUCACUUUCAGAUUUGUAGCCAAUCAGAGUCUUCCUAAGAUAUCCUACCUAACAAAACUGGACAAAUACAUCCUAUUCAGUAUGAUUUUCAACUUCCUUGUAAGCCUAUGGCACGCCGUCGUUUCACUUAUCGACGACAAGACUGCAGAGGACGGCCGACAUGACUUCUGGGCAUUCAUAUUCUUUAUUAUCUUGUACUCAUCGUUUCAAGUUCUCUUCCUUCUCAACGUCCUCAUCAAGUAUUUGAUCACCAAACGGAAGAUCCAAAAGAAUGUGACAGCAUAUCAAGUAAAGGCUGUCCAUAUCCUGGGACACGAAUGGUCAAGUAACCGACGAGUGAGAGCUAACAAACCCGCUACUAUCGUACCAAUCCCAUUUUAA